AUGGGCGAGCUCCCGUUCUUCAGGGCGCACACUGCCUUUCACCCGGACCGCUUGUGGAUCUGGGAAAGGGCCGUGUAUGUGGACGAGAACCAGCGCACUUGGCUGCCCAUAACCAUCGAGCACGAGUCUAGGCUCAGCCUGCAAGUACUCAUGCGUCAGGAAGAUAUCCCCCUGGGGGAGCCGGUGCGCCCCAGCCAGCUCGGCCCGUACCUGCUGCCUCUGAUGUGGCAGCUCUACCCCGGAAGAAAAUACCGCGGCUCAGACUCCAGCUUCUGGCGCAUAGUGUACCACAUCGAGUUGAGUGGCAUAGAGGAUAUGCUCCUUGAACAGCUGCCAGACCCGGAUAAUGAUGGGGAUGUUCGAGCUUGUGUUCACCUGUUUUACCAGCCCUGUGUUCUGCUCUGCCACACCCGGGUCCGGGAGGGAAUGGACGGGCAGAGGAUGAGCCCCACCGAGGGCCUGCUGGACCUGCCUGCACCCCCCCACCCUGGUGUCCCCUGGCAGACUGGCACUGGAGAGGACCUUGCUCGGUAUAGCUUCCUCCAGCAACUAGUGUCUUGUGCUGCUCACCCGGGGCUGCUUUUCUUCCUGUCCCUCAGCUCUGUGUACCUCUGGCUGCAAGGGAAUAGGGCCUACUCGCCUGGGCCUGGGCCAGGCCUCUGA